GCACACAUCACGUAAAAAGAGGCACGGUCAGACGCUGGAGUUUCUUUCUCACAGGAGUCUGGACCUUUCACAGAAGAGCCGCAGGUCGCCCCAGAACCGGUGAGCAGUUCAAGAGACCAACUCAAAGCCCAUAUCUCCCUACAAUAUUAUCCUGCAGAAGCACAACCAUGGGGAAAGGAUGCAUCACAGUCACCAAGUACUUUCUAUUCCUCUUCAACCUUCUCUUUUUUAUAUUUGGAGCACUGAUCAUGAGCUUUGGACUGUGGAUACUCCUCGACAGCCAGAGCUUCAUAGCUGUUCUGCAGGAGUCAUCUCACACGGUGAACGUGGCUUCGUAUAUCCUCAUUGGAGUGGGCUCCCUGUCCAUGGCCAUGGGCUUCUUCGGCUGCAUCGGAGCCAUCUAUGAAAUUCGAUGUCUGCUGGGUUUGUAUUUCACCUGCCUCCUCCUCAUCUUCAUCGCUCAGGUUACUGCUGGAGUUCUCAUUUACUUCCAGAGAGAUCGGCUGAAACACGAGAUGUCCAACAUCAUUAGAGGCAUGAUGAUCAACUACACGGGUCAGAACCGAACCACAGAACAAACCUGGGACUACAUUCAGAAGACGAUGAAAUGCUGUGGAUGGACCGGUCCAGGCAACUGGUCAGAGAACCUUUUGAUCAAGAACAGCACCCAGAAGCUCUACUCGUGCUCCUGUCGCAACGAGUCCAUGCCUGGUCCAGAACUGAGAGAAGGUGGCCUGUGCGAGUACAUGUCUGCAGAACCGCCGGUCCAUGAAACGGGUUGUGUGAGCAGAGUGGAGAAAUGGCUGCUGGACAACUAUGCAGUCAUUUUGGGGAUCUGUGUUGGUGUGGCAGUGGUGGAGCUCCUGGGGAUGAUCCUGUCCAUGUGUCUGUGCAAGAGUGUCGUCCAGGAGGACUACACCAAAGUACCCAAGUACUGAGAUGACGACGGAGCCAGCCCCACGUCUCACACACACACACACACACACACACACACACACACACACAC